AUGCUCUGGGCCGACAUAAAACAACUAUUCACGCAGCUGACUGAUACAUUGAGCGACAAGACUCCUAUGGAGCGUGCGGUUUGCGCGGCACUCUAUGGGAAAGCCAUGAAGUUCGCACUACAGAGGAUGAUAUGCGGGUACAUCGUGAACAUAUUUGUAUACAUGGAUGGGACGGCAGAAGUAGUCACGGGUGUGACAACACUAAAUGCCGAGCAGAAGAGCUGGAGGGACUAUUUCAAAUGUGUGGUAGGGAAUGUGACAUUAAUAAAGUUAUUUGAGAAGAACUGUGCAGCAACGGACAUUAUAAAUCAGGUGUCACGGAAAAUGAGUACAAUAAGUAAAGCACUUGCGGGGCACAGUAAUAGCCAACAAUGUCAGGGCCUUGAUUAUGAUAGCCUGAGAAUUGGCACGAAGUUUGUGGCCGGAACGAUGGGUGAAUGGAUAAAUAAGUGGAGCAUAACAUCCCGUGGAGCGUUAAGUGGGUCAAAGGCACAGACCUCCUGUGCUGCACCAACAAGUAUAACGAAGGCGAGAGCGACGACAGAUAGUGAAGACGCGCAUGUAGUGACACUGUUCCAGGACGGCACUGCCAGAGAAGUAGCGGGAUUAAUACAGAAGAAGGCGACAAUAACGGCACACCACCGACAACGCAUAAUGCAGGCCGCGAAGGAUAAAGGAACAGCGAAAGGUGUACUGCACGACGUAAUGCGUGAAAUAGAACGCAACGCGAACGGCCACGGAGAGGACAUUCAGGUGCAAGAUCAUAGCGACUCCAUACACGCAACCGGCACACCACCACAGGGACCGACAGAGAAAAAAGUUCCAGUUCCGCCACCCAAGAAACCAGAGGUGCCACCCGUGAAGGUACCAGAGCAACCCAAGGUCACUAGUGCAGACAGCAAGGACGAGAACAAAAAGGCAGACACACCUUCCUCACCAUCAUCAGCAGGCAGGAACGAUAGCACAGCAGGCACUGACGGGCAACCACACGUACCGGCAUCUCCAGUAUUACCACAGGCACCAUCAGGAUCAGGCGCAGGAUCAACGGAACAAGGACCGGGUCAAGGACCAGGACCUGGACAACAACCCCCGCAACCUCCUCCACAAGCAACGAAAGACGCGGGGCCGCGUGAACAAGGAGACAAGAGAGGUAAGUGUUCGAGGCAAGCCACGGUACUUACAUCUGAGAACUCAGGCUGGGGACUCAAGGGUGCCAAAUCGAGUAUCACUAUCUCCAUUGCACCUAGCUCGGAGGAUAAUGGUGACUGUAAGAAGCAACCCGAAGACCCACAGGAAGGCAAUGCCGUCGUCGAUGGCGGCAACGAUGACCCCCCUCCUCUCAAUCCACCCAAACCAAAACCGGAUCCAAAUCCGGAUCAAUCGGGUAGUAGUGGCGGCAUCAGUGAAUCCGGUAGUGCCGCAGCCGGUGGUGGAGCAGGUGGAAGUGGCGGAGGUGGGGGCAUAGGGGGAAGUGGACAGUUCGAACUUGAUCUGGCUCCAAAGGCACUUGACGUAGGGGGCGCAGCAGGAGGUUUUGCACCACCAACCCCAGGCGAAACCGUAUCGGGCUCAUCCACUGACAAACACGGUCCAGGAGACGUUAGCCAAGCUGUCCCCGACCUAACCGGCACGGUCCUUACCGCCACUACUCCCAUCCUGUUUUUUCUCGCUUCCGUCAUCGUGGCCCUUCUUGGUUAUUCCCUUUGGAAGUACUUUGCCUUCCUCGGACAAAAACGACGACGAACAUAUCGAACCGUUCGUGACGUGCCGUCACCGCCACUCGACGAAGAAAUAUUGCAACAUCUACAACGAGGCGACCUGCCACCAGCCGAUUACGGGUACACCAUGGUUACGCAACCUGCGUCCACAUCCGGUAGAGGCCGCCCCCCACGCGUGCAUAAGCGCACGAUCAUCGAGCUACACUUAGAAGUGCUGAACGAAUGUGCAGCAACCGAGUGGGAAAACGUCAAAGACGACUAUUUGCAACUACUCGUUGAACAGUUUAUGGCGGGCAACACCACGUGUACAAGUAGCUCGGAUGUCUGCACCCCAGACGACGGUUUCGCAACCCAGGACUCAACAACAAACGCCGAUUCACGCACGCGGGAUACACCCACCUAUUCCGACGAACCUGAUGCAUGUCCACGUAACGACGAGGACCCCGAUCCAUGGAGUUCUAUGGAACAUAUCGAGUUAGAUGCAGCACAGAAUGCUCAUUCCAACCCCGAGCACGCGCCGUCGGAGUGCACACAAUGGAUUAACUGGAUUGACCGCAACAAACAUAUUAGAUGA